AUGGCUGUUUCUCAAAAGCGCCCCGCGGCCGCAACACGGUCAGCACGGAAGGAAGUCGCAGGCGGUCCAUCGGCUGACGGAGGCCCAAAAGGGGAGCAGAGACGGGAGGUGAAUGUGAUCGAGAUAAGCGAUGAGGAGGAGACCAGCGAGGACGCCGCACCCAGCGAAGGUUACUGCUGCUAUGUGCUCCGGUCGGACAACUCUGCCCGUGCGAGGACCUACACCGGCAUCACGACGGACCUCAAGAGGCGCCUGCGGCAACACAAUGGUGAGCUGUGUGGUGGCGCAAGGGCUACGCGCUGUGGAGGCCCCUGGCGGGUGCUUUGCAUGGUCAAGGGCUUCCCAACAAAGGAGGAUGCCGCCCGCUUCGAAUGGCGAGCAAAGCGUCAGCGUGCAGCAAGCUCUCGGAAGCUGGUGCCCUUAAAGGGUGGCUUGCACCGGCGAUGCCAGAACCUUUGUGAUGUCCUCCGCGCCGAGCGUUGGACGAAGAGCAGUCGCCCCGCAAGAGAGCUUCCACUAGCGGUGACCUGGUUUGGAGGCGCACCGUGGCAGCGUGUGGCGCUGCCGUCCUACAUAUCGACCCAGUGCUUGGAGGGCGACUUCCAGCCGAGUUCGAGCAACAAACGCAGAAAGCGUAGGAUUUCGAAGGAUGUGCUUGUGCCUCUUAGACCGCUAUCCGACAGACUGCUCAAAAGAGCAGCGGGGUUUUCGACGGCUGCCUGGGCAACCCACGGCCGUGAAGUGAUGGCGGAAAAGCUUUUCCAGAAGCCAAAGGUCUACGACCCGACAAUGGCUGACAGAUCGAUGUUGCCGCCGACGAAUUCGAGAAUGCAGCAGAUGAUGGACUUGGGGUUUGAUGAUGCCAACAUGCAUCCGGAGAUGGAGGAGAAGUAUAGUCAGCUCGCGGAGCAGCUGGAAGCCGCCCAGUCGCAACUGCAGGAGGCGCAGGCCGAGAUGAAUCGAGCCAGAGGAGACGAGGCGAAGAUGGCCCUCAAGCUGCAAAGCUUUCAGCAGGUCAACCGAUCCCAGAACGCCCUCGUGCGAGGCGAGCUUCAGAAGACGCGGAGGAAGCUGGCUCACAUGCAGUCUGUGGCGCAGCGGCUCAAAGACCAAGCAGCCUGGCUCCAGGCAAAGUCUCCGAACCUUUCGCUUCCAGGGGAGCUCCAAGGUAUGCCCACGGAAGAGGAGGCAGCUGAGGAGCAUGCAGAGCUAGCUCAGCUCCAUGAGCGCUGGGAGAAGGACGUCGCACAGCUUGCCUUAGACCUCGAGGGGAGGCCGAGAAUUACUGGAAGUGCUGCGGAGGGCUCGCAAGAGGCACAGACACGCAUCGAGCAGCUGGAGCAGUUGGCAAAGAAGCAGGCGAAACAGCUCGAUCAGCAGGGGAAAGAGCUGGAGUACUUCAAGGGAGGUGCUCAGGCUUCUCCAUCCUCGUCCGAGACGUUGAGCACGAGCGGAAGCUUUGAGGAGGUUGCAUCGCUCCGGAAGGAUCUUGAGGCAGCCGAGGAAAAGACGAAGGAGCAGGUGAAGAAGCUCAAGCAGCUAGCAACUGCUCAGAACUCAUCAGACAAGUCCGUUCCGUGUGGAUUCAACAAGAAGCAUCCGAGACUGGCCGCGCUCAUGGAGCUACGUUUGAAUGGGCUGUCUGGCUUCAUCUGUUCCCUGCACUGCGAUGUGGACAGCACCAUUCUGGAUGUGAAGACUUGCAUCUGCUCGCUGACGGAGAUACCGUGCAUCGAGCAGCAACUGAUCUACGGCUCACGCGAGCUGAGGGAUGAAGAGGUUCUUGGCAAGCUGGGCGCUGCGCCGGGUUUGUCACUGGAGCUGGUGCUGCUGCGAGAAGACCCCGCACGUGCCAAGGCAUUGCAGUCGGUACGCAGCAACGGCCUAAGUCUGGAGACCCUUCCGGAACCGCUGUGCCAAGAUCGGGACAUCGUUCUGGCCGCCGUGAAAAAUACGGGCUUUGCAAUCCUCCAUGCGCCGCCGGAGCUGCGUGCAGACCGGGAGAUUGCCUUGACUUCGGUCAGGGACCGUGGCUUCGUGCUUCGGUAUCUAGACGACUCCCUCAAGGCUGACAGAGAAAUCGUGAUGGCAGCAGUGGCAAAUGAUGCCUUUGCCGUUCGCCAUGCCGCCGAGCCAUUGAAGGCAGACCGCGAGGUGGCUCUGAGCGCCGUGACAACCCACGGAUCAGCGGUGCAGUAUGUCAGUGCGACAUUAGCAGAGGACCGUGAAAUAGCCUUGGCUGCAGUGAAGAGCAGUGGUGCAGCUCUAAGAUACUUGGCACCGCCUUUUCGCAAAGACCGGGAAGUGGUGCUCGCUGCCGUUUGCAGUUAUGGCCAGGCAUUGAAGUUUGUCCUUGAUGAAGACCUGAAGCGUGAUCCGGAGAUUGCACUCACAGCAGUGAAAUCGGAUUUCGUGGCGUUUCAGCACGUGGCACCGGAGCUCGCUCAGACCAAUCCCCUCAUUGCACUUGCGGCGGUCAAGCAGAGUGCAAAAAUCUUCAAGAGCCUGCCGGAUUCGGUGAAAUCAGAUCGAGAGGUGGCGCUGGCAGCUGUGAGCAACGAUGGCUUUCUGCUGAACCGAAUCAACGAGCACCUGCAGAUUGAUCGUGACAUCGUGCUGGCGGCGGUGAGCAACAGUGCUGUGCUGGGCUAUGCAUGCCCAGAAAUGCGGGACGAUCGGGAAGUGGUAAUGGCUGCGGUGCGUCAGGAGGGGACCAUGCUGCAGUAUGCUUCAGGCAGCCUGAAGUCCGACGCAGAAGUUGUCCUUGCGGCAGUGAAGCAGAAUGGCUUCGCCGUCGUCUACGCAGAUAGACAGCUUCGCAGUCGGCGCGAUGUCUUCCUUGAAGCCGUACGCAGCAGCGGAUCUGUGCUGCAGUGGGCAGCCCCCGAAUUCCGGGAGGAUUUGCAGAUUGCUUGUGCUGCCGUAGCCAGCAACCCUUCUGCCGUAAUGUUUGUUGCAGAGGACUUGAAGCAAAAGCGUAGGUUCUGGCUGGCCGCCUUACGUCGCAAUCCUGCCGUGGCGGAGUUCCUUCCCAAACGAUUUCGUCGUGACCAAGGCCUUCGCUUGCUGCUCAGAUCAACACGCUCUGCGCGCCUGAGAUGUAGCCGAAGGAGGGUCCACGUAAAGCGGACGCGGCGCAAAACGGGAUUACUGCCAGAGUGCUUGUGGACUUGUCGUCCGCGGCCUGGUGAGCUGAAGGCCUACAAAAAACUCGAUUCGGAGAAGGGCGACUUGGAGGCGAAGCUCCGAACAGCAGGUGGGAGGGCGCUGCCUCCACAGGUUGUGGCCAAAGUCCAAUCCGCCAUCGCAGCAGGCAAGAAGCAAGUGUCUGAGAUGAGAGCGACGGUGGCUGUGGAAAUUCAACAGCAGCUACCGCAGGUGUUGGAAGAGGUCAUGCGAAGCAAGGCAGCAGAGCUGCAAAAGUUGCUGGAUAAAGGAUCGCAGGAGUGGAAAGAGAAGUAUGCUAUCGAGUGCGACAGAAGACGCAAGUUGCACAACCUGGUCCAGGAAUUGAAAGGCCUGUUCAAGCUCGACCACACAGUAGGCUUCGCGGCUGCGAAGCAGAUCCAGAUCAGCAAUGCAGACAUGGGCACCAAGAAGUCUCAGUCUGAGAUGAGUACAGCUGAUAUCUUGUGUCUGAGAGCCUGCUGUGUUAUUCCCGAAAGGCUCGAAAGCACCGCGAAGGGUUCUUUGGAAAGAGCACUUGCCCGACACCGCCAAUCCGUUUUACGCAGCGAGAUGAGCCUUUUAUCGUGCGUGUCGAAGCGCCGAUGUGGUGCCGUCGCCGAUGAUCCCUCUGCGGGGAUCGUGCGUGUCGAAGAGAGCUUCCAGUUCAACGAGAUCUAUCGACAAAACUCGAGUCAGGAAGAUCUCUUCACUGGAAUCCGGGAUUUAGUUGUCUCGAUGCUGGAUGGUUACAACGUCUGCAUGUUUGCCUACGGUCAGACGGGCUCUGGCAAAACGCACUCCAUGCAGGGGACAAGGGACAAUCCUGGCGUCUACACGCGAACCUUCAACGAGCUCUUCAAGGUGGCCAAAGAAAGGACUGGCUGGAAGAUUGAGCUGAAGGGUGCCUGUGUGGAGAUCUACAACGAGGAGAUUCGAGACCUUCUCGGGCCCGGUGACAAGAAGCAGAAGCUUCAGGUCCGGCAGGGCAAGGAAGGGAACUACGUGCCCGGAUUGACGAUGCAGCCGGUGAACAACGCCGAGGAAGUUGAGAUGCUGCUUAGCACGGCUCAAACGAAUCGAACGGUUGCUGCCACGGACAUGAAUCUGCACUCGUCUCGUUCGCACCUUGCUGUCCAAAUCUUAGGGACGAUGACAAAUCCUGACGGCAAGCAGUUCUUGUCGGCCAUUACUCUGGUGGAUCUGGCAGGCUCCGAGCGUCUGGCCAAGUCUGGCGUUGCGGGAGACCGUGCCAAGGAGGCCAUUGCCAUCAACAAGUCGCUCAGUGCACUGGGAGAUGUCAUCGCUGCACGGGCGCAGAAGCAGGGCCACACGCCUUAUCGAAACUCGGUGCUUACACACUUCCUUCAGGACUCCUUGGGCGGGGACUCCAAGACAUUGAUGCUGCUUCAGCUGAAUCCUUGCGGCAGCCACGUCGAGGAGUCCAUGUGCUCCCUGAACUUUGGGGCGCGCGUCAAUGCCGUCGAGAUGAAGAAGUGA